AAACCAACAAACAUUGAAUCUUAAGCAUCACUUACUUUACAUUAAAUAAUUAUUUUAAAACAUAAACAUUAAGUUUCUACAGAAAUGCUGCGGCGAUUUUUGAUUCCAAACUUAAUGUUAAGACGAAAUGUCACAGCACUUUACGUGACAGGCGAUAAAGCUAUGGAGAACUUUGCAGUUCUCUCGCCAUUCUUAGAAAUUGACGAGCGAAUGAAGAAUUUCAAUGAAAUUAAGGAAAACAUUGAGCGUAGAAAAUUGCCGAUAAAUUUAGAGACUUUAAAGGAUGAAUAUGAGCUGUUUAGUGCUGUGGAGAAUAGAAAGAAGGAACUUGAAGAUCGUCGAUUAGAUAUAGCAAAGCAAAUGAAGGUUGAAGCUACAGAAGGACUUAGAUUGCAAGGAAAAAUCAUUCGUGAAGAUUUAAAGAAAUUAAAGGAAAAUUCUUAUCAUUUAGAGGACCAAUUCGUCCAUAACUUCCUUAACAUCCCUAAUAUCAUUCACGAGAAAACACCAAAAGUUAAGGAAAUCGUUUACAGUCACUUAGAAAAGCCUGAAAUUGAGCACCCAAAUGAAAAGAUUCAGGAACUUAUCGAGUUUUAUGAUCCAGCUUGUUAUUACAUGAAAGGAGAUGCUGCACAAUUUGACUUAUUUACUCCACUGGAUCUUUGUGACUACCUUAGAGAUGCUGGAUUCAUCAAGUUCAGCAAUCCAGACUUUGUUAGAAGCAUAAUAGCCGAAGGUGCAGCUCUAAAUCCAGAAAACUUGUUCCACCUUAAAGAAGAAGCUAUUGACAAUAAAUUGAACCUGCUGCAUUUAAGUGGAAGUGGAUCUUUUAUCAAUUACCUGCCAUUUAUAUCAAAGCUUAUCGCUUUUCCGACUCAACUUCCAUUAAAACUCAUUAAUACUGGAAAGAUUUACAGCAGCACUAAUCAUUAUGAGCAUCAAAACUUGUACAAGACUGUCCAAUCGACAUGCUGUCAAGCAUUCAUAGCAACAACUAAUGAAGAGUCCUUUAAUGAAGUUGUUGAGGAAAUGAUUAAGCAUUUAAAGAAGAUUUAUGAGAAAUUCGAUCAUCAUUUCCAGAUUGUCUUAUAUCCAGCAGACAUGCUUAAUAACAGUGAAUCCUUUAAGAUUGGCAUUGAAAUGUACUCGCAAACGACUGCUGUUCAACUACAAAUUAGAUAA